ACUUUAGUCCCACGAACAUGGCUGCUGAUGAUGUGUGCGAGGAGUUGUUGCGGGAGCGAGCAGGCGCUACUUUCAAUGUGACAGAACUUACAAACCUUCUUGACGGAGGAAAGGACAAAACUGAGAGACGAAAGGAACUCGAAAAGCUUUUUCAUGAUGACCCAGAGUUCAAGAGCGAAAUUCCUGCCUGCUACCUCACAUACUCAGAAGCCUACUCAAAUGCUUUACACAAGUGCCUCAAGAUAUACCAGAAGGCAAUGGACCUUUCUGACCCCAGGGAAAUCCUGACUGUGGCUGAUGCAAUACUACACGAUUCCACUCCGGUGCAUGUGCACUUCGUUAUGUUUGUGCCAGCCCUUAUGGGCCAUGCAAAUGAAGAACAGCAAGCCAUGUGGCUGUCUGAUGCACUCAUGAUGAAGAUUGUGGGAUCUUAUGCUCAAACAGAGUUAGGACAUGGCACAUUCAUCCGAGGACUGGAAACCAGAGCCACUUACGACCCAGACACCGAGGAAUUUGUUCUUCACACACCCAAUCUCUCUUCUAUCAAGUGGUGGCCUGGCAGCUUGGGAAAAACUGCUAAUCACGCCAUAGUGUUAGCCCAACUUUACACAAAGGGACAGUGCUAUGGAAUCCACCCAUUUAUGGUUCAGAUACGCAGCAUGGACAAUCACACUCCAUUGCCAGGUAUAACAGUAGGAGAGAUUGGCCCCAAGAUGGGCAUGAGGGCAGCUGACAAUGGCUUCUUGAAGUUGGACCACGUCAGGAUACCUCGUACCAACAUGCUCAUGAAAAAUGCUCAGGUGACUAAAGAAGGCGACUACAUCAAGCCAGCUAGCGACAAGCUCAACUACGGAACCAUGGUGUUUGUACGGGUACUCCUGCUGGACAUGUUUGCGUUCAACAUGGCACGUGCCUGCACUAUUGCUGUGCGCUACAGCGCGGUGCGUCGGCAGUCCGAAAUUACUCCAGGCCAAGGUGAAUGCCAAAUCAUGGAGUACCAAGCCCAGCAGUAUAAACUGUUCCCAUUGCUUGGCCUGUGCCAUGCACUGAGGGCAAUGUUUGCCAACCUUAUGGAGCUGUACAAAGUUGCCAACCAAGAUCUUGAACGGGGAAGUCUAGAGGCACUUCCUGAGCUCCAUGCCAUCUCUUCAGGCUUGAAGGCUUACUGCUCCGAGAUGGCAGCCAAAGGCAUUGAGACGUGUCGUCUGGCUUGCGGAGGCCACGGUUUUCUUCUCAUCAGUGGCCUUCCACGGCUCUACGCUACGACUGUCGCAGCUUGCACUUAUGAGGGGGAGAACACCGUCCUCUACUUACAAACGGCAAGGUACUUACUCAAAAGCCUGAGCCAGCAGCACCAAGUCUCACGUAACUCUACGUUUCGGUUUCUGCUUGAACCUACCACGCUACAGGUGAAGCCCUUCCAGAAGAAUUUGAUGGGUCCUGAUGCUGCUAGGCAACUGAUUCCAUUCUACAGGGCGGCAGCCUACUGCCAAGUUCACAGAGCAAACGAAAAAGUGAAGAAGCUGACACAGGGGGGAAUGACACCUGAAAUAGCCUGGAACAACAGCCAAGUGGACCUUAUUAUUGCAUCCAAGGCAACGAUACAAUACUACCUGGCCCAGAGCUACCUGACUUGGGCUGAGAAGAGUGAUGCAUCACCACAACUCCGUUCUGUGCUCUUCAAGCUGUGCCAUCUCUUCUUGUUGCAUGGCAUCUAUGAACAGCCUGGAUUGUUUAUGCUGGUUGGCCUGAAGGAACAGAACUUGGUAGAAAUUUCGGAUCUGAUCACAGACCUGCUGAAGAGCAUCCGUCCUGAUGCAGUCCCGCUGGUUGAUGCCUUUGACCUCCACGAUAUGGUCCUCAGCAGUGCCCUGGGCUCCUACGACGGACGAGUGUACGAGCGCAUGUUUGAAAGUGCCCUCAAGGCACCUUUGAAUAAAACGCAGGUGCAUGAAUCGUACCACAAGUUCCUCGAGCCCCUGAUCAAGUCUAAACUCUGAGAUCCUUACCGUCGGAAAUAUCAUCGCAGCUGCUCACUUGUUUUAUAGUUUAACCAGGCAAUGCCGUGCAAUGUGAGAGGUGCAUGAAAGACUCAUGGCAGCCCCUGUGAUUGUUAGUAUUGUUUUUGUUAAUUUUUAACCUGUUGCAGAUUUUAUUUUGCGCAACCAGACUGAGAAUCUCACACUGCGUCACAAUUCCCGGAGGAACAAAAAGGAAUAGUAGCAAUGAAAGUACAGACAGAAGGGCAUCAAUACGGCAGUCUUCAGUUUGUAGGCUUCAAUAUGAUGACUUACCUUAGGUUUCUUGACUUGUCAUAUGCGAAGGACCUGUAAGUACAGCCAACAGCGCACAAUGUACGCUACUAGUACGCAAGUAGACAUUUUCCUUGGUCAUAAGUAUUAUAUUGGUAUGAGGUAGCAGCACUGAACCAACACUUUGUCUUGUAGAAACUUUGGUUUAGCUACAAAUUAGUAGGCAUAACAAAAUACUGUUCCCCCAUGAACUUAUUGCACCGAGGCUUAUCCCUGUCCCUCUGGAGACCUUUGCUGUUGUUGCGCCAGAAAACAUCAAAUCAAUCAAUGUCCCUCUGGAUGGGCAUGAAAUGGGUAUCAGGAAGUCACGUUUAAGCAUUGCUGAAGAAGGUUGAAACAAUGAACCGUGAUGAGCGCAUUACUUCUCCUGUUUGAGACAUACCCAUUGUGAAUGUAUCACAUGCCACGUUGGUGUGAAACUAAAUCUCGGGGCUGAAGGUAUUCUGCAGUCGUAGAACCCCAGUAGGUUGUAACCGUUUUUUUUUUACAUCCCGUGCCCAUGAACUCACAAAUAUGCAUUCCAUUUGAUUCAUAUUUUAGCAUUUUUAUAUAUACCUGUAUAGAAUAUAUGUGUAUAUUAAGUGAUUUACAAUUUUUAUUGGUACGUUUGAGACUUGCGGCACACUGUUCAGGCCUACUGCAAUGACUUCAUCGAAGGAUUUGGAAAACGUCAUUGUGAACAGAGUAAGAUUGUAUUACGAUUACGAUUACUAAUUUCUUGAAUUUUUAUCAACUUUUCGUCAGCUAGGCAGCUCUCUGAGUAUGUGUAAUAUCAUGUUACUAAAACCUACUAGGUAAUUGCAUGACUUUAGGAAUGUUUUGUUUCCUUUGUUGUAAAACUGCAACUACACCUGUGUAUUCUCACAUACACUUCACAUGUAGUAGCAAAUACACUGUUUUCAAUCUGUGCUGAUGCCAAAAGCCGUUACAAUUUUUUUCUUUUUAUAUAUAUAUAUAUAUAUGAAGUGGGGUAUGACAAAUGUGUGUUCCGUAUGCAAUGCAAUAUACAAGGUUUUGGCUAAAUGGGAAAUUUAUACAGAAAUAAAGUAUUUUAGAAAUA